ACAACAGCCGUGCUUAAUUUGUCCAUUUGUAAUAUUGGUAAUUGCAGCCGAUUACACACGAGUAAAAAAUGACAACGGUGGUGCAUGAUUCACACACGGUCGUUGUCAAUAUGACACCGGUCGUGUAUGAAUUAUGCACCACCACCUGCAUAAUGAUGCACCACCGUUGUUACUUUGUACACCGACGUGCAUGAAUCGUACACGAUCGUUGCCAUUUUAGCAACUACCGUGUAUGAAUCAUGCACCACCGUUGUCAUUUUUUUUACUCGUGUGCAAUCGGCUGCAUAUUUACCAUUUUUUCCGUGUUAUUGAAAGAGAAAGGACGCAUUGUGCAAAAAAUUUAUUGAAAAUGAAUAAUAAUUCGCAAGAUCCUCAAAAUAUCAUUGGUGAGUUGUUAGAAAUCGAUGGCAAUAUUGUUGUGGUUCGCGAUACAAACCAUUGCAGCAGUCAAGAUGCGGAAAACAAUGAGGACGAUUAUAUGUUAAGGGAGUUCUUAAAAGGAAUAAAUAUGGAGUCGCUUUUUGAACAAUUAAAAGCAUCACAUGUAACAUUUCGCAGCUUGCAGUACUUGAAAAAAGAAGAUUUAAAGGAAGCAGUGCCACCAUUGGGACUGCGUGUUGAAUUCAGAGAAAAGCUCUUUGCUUGGAAAAAACGAAAGCUCGGGAUUGAUGACGAAACUAUGUCAGUUCCAUCUAAAAUAGGUGAAUGGUGGAAACGCAACGAGACACCUGCAAGUACUCCUGGUACUCCCGACACUACAGGUUCGAACUGCUCAAAAGCCAAAGGAAUUUUGUCAGAGGAUCUAACGGAAUUGUUAACACAUACCUCGAAGGGGAAACUAGCGCUUGAAUGUAGUAGCGUUAAUAAGAAAUUAAGUGACGAGCAAAGAGAUGAUAUAAUUAAUAUAAUUAUUGAAGAUAUUUUAACCAACAAUGUUACUCUUUACACUCAAGACUAUAUGCGCAUAUUGGAUGAAAUUUGUUCCGUUUUUCCUCUUGAAAACGAAAUGAGGGAUUAUUAUUACAUUUCAAGAAAAGGAAAGAACAACGCAAGCGGAAAACUUUAUGCCAAGUAUAGAAACAAGAAGUCCAAAAGAAUAAAGCUUUUGAUUUCCGAGCCUAGCACAAGCAAAGCAGCAACUCACACAUCUCCUAAUUUUUGUAACAAAGAUGUUCCCGAAAUUGAUGAAUCAGUUGAAAAUUCAUUGAAAGCUUCCUUACUAAGAGAAUGUAAUGAUUGGGGAUCGAUCUGCGAAAAAUGGAAAAGAUCUUUUAACAUACGGCAAAGAGAUAUAAAAAAUUUAAGUAGCCAUACAUUUCUCCUUGAAUGGACGAAGUUGUCCGAUGCAAGAGCUUCAGAAUUGGUCAACAUUGAUUUCGAUAUUAUGUAUCCACAGAAAGGCAAUCUUCUACUUUCUAAAUGGGACCAAUUUAAGAAAAAAAUUUACAAUUAUUAUGGGAAAAAUAUUCAUAACGAACAUUGCAAACAACUCUUCGCAAAUGUUUUGACGGCAAGCAGACAACUGUAA